AUGCAGACCUGCAAGGACGCCGACAUGGUCGUCGACCACAUGCUCCUCCUCUUCUCCCACGAGCAGAUUGCGAUGCAAGAAGCGGGCUCCCGCAUCCUGCUCGUCGUGGAGCCGGUUGAGAUUCUGGAGCGCCUGUUCCCGACCGCCGAGAUGCGCGCGCGCGUCGAGGCGGCGAGCGGCGACUCACCGCGGCGGAGCGGCUCCGCUUCACCAACGAUGCCGGCACGGACGUGA